AUGACUUUAAUUUGUUUUAAAUGUUCAAAAAUGUAUAACAGUAUAAAAGAUUUAGUAACACAUUUAAAGGAAAACCACUUUAUAACCACAUUGGAUAAAAUACAGUGCGCUCAACCUGAAUGCUUUCAGAUUUUCAACAACCUGAAAGCCUUUCGAAAUCAUAUACUUAAAGUACAUAUAAAAAAUUCGCCAGGAGCUGAUGUGUCUGAAAAGCAUUUAGGAAAAUUGGCUCAAAUAAAUACCGAGAAAAACUUUGUAACAGAAAAGUGCAGUAAUCCUGAGUUGAUGAUCAACAUAGAUUUGGAAAAAAUUUCUAAUUACAUAAAUGCAAUAAAAACCCGUACCUUACAAUUUUUGUUGCAUUUAUAUUGCAAGGAUAACUUAGCUCGUAAGGAUGUCAGGCAAAUUCAGGAGUCUGUAUCAGAAAUUUUGAUGCCAUUGGGAAGUAUAAUUACAGAAAUUAGUAUGAAUUCUCUGAGUAGUGACCUUUUACAAAUUGUAUCUGAAUUAUGUUUGAAUCCAUUCAAAAAUUUUAAAAAUGAAUACAAAUUUUUGAAGUACAUUGAAAAAGAAAAUUUAUAUCAGUCAGCAAAACCAUUUCUUUUAUCAAACACAAUAGAGCCAAAAGUCUCCCGUGGUAACCCUGAUUUACGACCAGUCUUCUUAAAUUACUAUAUGAUGCCAAUUCGAUUUCAAAUUAAGAAAUUUUUCCAACUUCCUAAUAUUUUGCAUUCAACCCUUAAUAACAUAGACGAAUCAAUUAAAAGUAGCACAUUGUCUAACUUUGUAUGCGGUGAAAUUUUUCGAACCAAACUUAUUAAUAUGCAGAAACAAUAUGUUAUACCUUUCAUACUAUAUUUCGAUGAUUACGAAAUAAACAAUCCAUUAGGUUCACACAAAUAUUCUAUAUGCGCAGCGUACUAUAUAUUUCCUAAUAUCCCUCAACACCUACAAUCAAAAUUAGAUUUUAUUUUUCAUUUUGGAUUUAUUAAGACAAGCAGUUACAAAGCAUUAGGCAACGAAAAAACAUUCAUUCACCUUGUUAACGAAGUUAAAUAUCUCGAAGAAAUUGGCUUGGAUAUAUAUGUAAAUGACACAAAUUAUCGCGUUCAUUUUGUACUUGGUGGUGUUGCAGGUGAUAAUCUUGGUGUCAAUACUAUAUUAGGAUUUUCUAAAAGUUUCUCCGCAUACUCGUUUUGUAGAAUUUGUAAAUUGAAUAAAAAUGAAACCAAAAAUAAUUGCAAUGAAAAUAUAAACAGUCUCCGUAAUAAACUUAACUACGAGCAAGAUAUAGAUCUAGGUAAUAAUCAAGAUAGUGGUAUACAUGAAAAUUCUGUAUUCAACAAUAUAAAAACUUUUCACGUAACAGAAAACUUUAUCUUCGAUAUAAUGCAUGACUUAUUUGAAGGCGUUUGCAUCUAUGAUUUAUGUCAAAUAUUACUUGGCUUAAUUGAAGAAAAUAUUGUCACAUUGGAACAGAUAAAUCAAAGAAAACAAUUGUUUCAAUACGGAGACCAAGAAGUUGGAAACAUAUCUCCUGCCCUUGACAUUACAAAAUUGAAAAAAAAUAAGAUGACAAUGUCUGCACGCGAAUGCUGGUCAUUUACACAUUUCAUAACCUUAAUGAUAGGCGACUUAGUACCCGUGAACAAUAAGUUUUGGAAACUAUUGUGUUUGCUGAUAGAAAUUGUCGAUGUAAGUUUGCAACCAACAUUUUCAAAUAAUGAAAUACAACAUUUAAGAAAACUCAUUAAAGAUCAUCACUUUUUAUACAUAACACUUUUCGGACAAACACUCAAACCAAAGCACCAUUUUCUUACUCAUUAUCCGACAGCAAUUAAAAAAUGUGGCCCCCUUAAAAAUUUGUGGUCGAUGAGAUUCGAGGCAAAACAUCGUCCAUCGAAAGUGUACUCGCGGUGUAUAACUUCAAGAUUAAACCCUCCUCUAACAUUGAGUAAUAAAGCCUGCCUGAAGUUUUCUGAGUUUUUGUUGCGUUAUAAAAGUGGUUUUCCUAUUACUGUUGAAUUAAUAAAACAAUCAAAAAAUACAGAUCUCAGCACAUUUCCGAAUUUCCAUGAAUUAAUAGAUUCAGAUAUAGAAGAAGAAGAGUACAAUUUAAUGUUUAAUUUGAUUGAAGAAAUUCUGUACAAAGGGAAGGAAUAUAAAAUUAAUAAUUAUAUUUCUGCGUACCACAAUAAUCUCUGUAAAUUUUUUAAAAUUAAGUUUUUUUUGAACAGAAACGACGAUUUGUAUGUUGUUUGCUAUCCAAUAGAAAUUGAAUUCGACAAUCAUUUUCAAGCCUACAAAAUCGGUAAGGCGUUAAAAAAUAAAAUUUAUAUUAAACAUAUAUCUUUUUUUACCAGCCCUCCCUUAAAUAUACACACUAGUUGUAAUGGAAAUACAUAUUUUAGAAAUAAGCGAUAUUUAUAAAUAAACAAUAAAUGAACUUGUAAAAAUUAAA